AGAUUGUGUCACAGCCUUUUACGUUUUUAAACGGUUAUGGGCAUCAUUUUACGUUAAAUUAAAGCGGUGGUGGUUGGGGUCCCGAAUAGCGCUUGGAGCGAGCCCUCUCGCUUUGUUGCUGUCGCUGCAAUCUGUGCCUUGACGUGGCGCCGCCGCCAUGUUGUUUUGCUUCGUUGUCAAGCACGCACACGCCUUCGCAGCCUAAACUUCUUCACGCCCACAGCAGCCAACGGACUUCAGGCGUCGGCGGCGAACACAGUCGAGCGUGUGACCCCGAGGCUGCGUUGCCAUGGCGACCUUCCCCGAGUACAUCGCCCAGAACGAGGAGCGCGACGGCGUGCGCUUCAGCUGGAACGCGUGGCCGUCCAGCCGGCUGGAGGCCACGCGCAUGGUGGUGCCCGUCGCCGCCCUUUUCACGCCCCUCAAGGAGAGACUCGACCUGCCGCCCAUCCAGUACGAGCCGGUGCUGUGCAGCCGGGCCACCUGCCGCGCCGUGCUCAACCCGCUCUGCCAAGUGGACUACCGGGCCAAGCUGUGGGCGUGUAACUUCUGCUACCAGAGGAAUCAGUUCCCGCCUUCCUACUCGGGAAUCUCAGAAGUCAACCAGCCGGCCGAGCUGCUGCCUCUGUUCUCCACCAUCGAGUACGUGGUCCAGCGCGGCCCCCAGAUGCCGCUGGUCUUCCUGUACGUGGUGGACACGUGCAUGGAGGAGGAGGACCUGAAGGCCCUGAAGGAGUCUUUGCAGAUGUCCUUGUCUUUGCUGCCCCCGACGGCCCUGGUGGGUCUGAUCACCUUCGGCCGCAUCGUCCACGUGCACGAGCUCGGCUGCGAGGGCAUCUCCAAGAGUUAUGUCUUCAAAGGGACCAAAGACCUCAGCGCCAAGCAGCUGCAGGACAUGCUGGGUCUGGCCAAACCUGUGGCCUCCUCCCAGGGACGAGGACCGCAAGCCCCCCAACAGCCGCAGUGCAACAGGUUCCUGCAGCCUAUCCAGAAGGUGGACAUGAACUUGACUGACCUGCUGGGGGAGCUGCAGCGCGACUCCUGGCCUGUGGUCCAGGGCAAGAGGCCCCUGCGCUCCCUGGGCGUGGCCAUGUCCAUCGCUGUCGGCCUGCUGGAGUGCACCUUCCCCAACACGGGCGCACGCAUCAUGACCUUCAUCGGGGGUCCGGCCACGCAGGGUCCCGGCAUGGUGGUGGGGGACGAGCUCAAGACCCCCAUCAGGUCUUGGCACGACAUUGAAAAAGACAACGCCAAGUUCAUGAAGAAGGCCGCCAAGCAUUACGAGUCGCUGGCUAGCAGGGCAUCCGAUAGCGGUCAUGUGAUGGACAUCUACGCCUGUGCGCUAGACCAGACCGGACUUCUGGAGAUGAAGUGUUGUGCCAACAACACGGGCGGCUACAUGGUGAUGGCUGACUCGUUCAACACGUCGUUGUUCCAGCAAACCUUCCAGAGAGUUUUCGCCAAAGAUGUUCAAGGCUCCUUCAAGAUGGCCUUCGCCGCCAUGCUCGAAGUCAAGACUUCCAGGGAGGUGAAAGUGUCCGGUGCCAUCGGACCUUGCGUGUCCCUCAACGCCAAAGGACCCUGCGUAUCCGAAAAUGAGAUCGGCAGCGGCGGAACGUGUCAGUGGAAGAUGUGCGCGUUGGACCCCAGCACCACACUGGCGCUCUACUUUGAGGUGGUCAAUCAGCACAACGCUCCUAUCCCUCAAGGCGGCCGUGGAGCUCUGCAGUUCGUCACGCAGUACCAGCACGCAUCAGGACAGAGACGCAUACGAGUGACCACCAUCGCCAGGAACUGGGCGGACGCGCAGACGCAGAUCCAGAGCAUCGCCGCGUCCUUCGAUCAAGAGGCGGCGGCCGUCUUGAUGGCCAGGCUGGCGGUGUACCGCGCCGAGACGGAGGAGGGGCCGGACGUCCUCAGGUGGUUGGACCGGCAGCUCAUCAGACUGUGUCAGAAGUUUGGCGAUUACCACAAAGACGAUCCCAACUCCUUCAGGUUUUCUGAGACGUUCUCGCUGUAUCCUCAGUUCAUGUUCCACCUGAGGCGCUCGCCCUUCCUGCAGGUGUUCAACAACAGUCCGGAUGAGAGCUCGUACUACCGACACCAGUUCAACCGGCACGAGCUGACGCAGGCGCUCAUCAUGAUCCAGCCCGUCCUCUACUCGUACUCCUUCCAGGGACCGCCAGAGCCGGUGUUGUUGGACAGCAGCAGCAUUCUUCCAGAUCGUAUCCUGCUCAUGGACACUUUCUUCCAGAUCCUCAUCUACCACGGAGAGACGGUGGCCCAGUGGAGGAAGGCGGGCUACCAGGAGAUGGCGGAGUACGAGAACUUCCGGCACCUUCUUCAGGCUCCGGUGGACGACGCCCAGGAGCUGCUGCACUCGCGCUUCCCCAUGCCCAGAUACAUCGACACCGAGCACGGCGGCAGCCAGGCUCGCUUCCUGCUGUCCAAAGUCAACCCCUCCCAGACGCACAACAACAUGUACGCCUGGGGGCAGGAGUCGGGGGCGCCCAUCCUGACGGACGACGUCAGCCUGCAGGUCUUCAUGGACCACCUGAAGAAGCUCGCCGUGUCCAGCGCUGCCUAAUGCGCGCGCGCGCGCGCACACACACACACACACACACACACACACACGUUCCAUUGCGUGCGCUGCCUGAAGCAACAAGACUGAUGUGUGCGACAUCUUAUUGUUUGGUCGAUGGCCACGUGAUCACCUGUUAUUAACAGUGAAAAGAAGCGGGCCAUCUUGCCUCCAUCUUGUUUCCAUUUUCUUUGUUGUAAUAAACGUUUUGGAACUCGCAA